AUGGCUACCAUCAAUAUUCGUCGGGAUAUUACCGACCCCUUCUACCGCUACAAGAUGGAGCGCUUGCAAUCCAAGAUUGAAGGAAAGGGCAACGGAAUCAAAACUGUUGUGGCCAACCUCCCAAGCGUCGCCCAAUCCCUCGCUCGCCCUGCCGCCUAUUUGAUCAAGUAUUUCGGGUUUGAAUUGGGAGCACAAACGAACACCAAUCCCAAGGAUGACCGAUGGAUCAUCAACGGAGCACACGAAUCCACCAAGUUACAAGAUUCGCUGGAUGGUUUCAUCACCAAGUUUGUGCUCUGCAAAUCAUGCAAGAAUCCCGAGACCAAGAUCACCAUUACCGAUGGACGAAUUAUUCUGGACUGCAUUGCUUGCGGUGCACGACACGAUGCGGACCUCCGCCACAAAUUGAGCGGUUUCAUCCUCAAGAAUGAACCCAAAGGAGGGAAGAAGGGCAAGAAGGAAAAGAUGUCUCGUCGUGACCGAGCCAAGGCCGAAUCCCAAGAGAACGGGUCAGCCAACGGUGGAAGCCCUCAUGAUUCCAACUCGGACAAGGGCGAGGCCGAGGAUGGCGAUGACGCACUGGCCGCCGGCAGUGAUGAUGAGUUUACCAAGACCAUCACUGAAAAUGCCAAAGGGAUUGCGGCCAACGGUGACGAUUCGGGCAAAGAGGAUGAAUGGGCUGUGGACACUUCUGCCGAAGCCGUGGCUGCUCGCGCCAAAGAACUUCCAUCAGACUUGAAACGGUCAUUGAAGUUUGAUGACGACGAGGAUGGCGAGGAGAAUGGAGGAAGCAAUGCCUAUGACCAACUCGGAACGUGGAUUCUGGAUCAAGCCAAGGAGAAGGGAUCGGUCACCAAGGUGGACGACCUCGAGAUCUACAAGAAGGCGCACGAAUUGGGAGUCGAGUCCAAGCAUAAGACGUUGACUGUGUUGGCGCAGGCCAUCUUUGACGAGGACAUUGUCAAGGAGAUUCCCGUGCGAGCUGGGAUGCUUCAAAAGAUGAUUGGCGAGUCUGAGAAACACCAAAAGGCAUUCCUGGGAGGGACGGAACGGUUUAUCGGAAACGAUCAUCCGGAGUUGAUCCCUCAAGUGUCUGGAAUCCUUCUGCAGUACUAUCAGAACGAUCUGAUCAGUGAAGAAGUUGCCAAGGCAUGGGGACAGAAAGCGAGCAAGAAAUAUGUGGACAUCAGCACCAGCCGAAAGGUACGCAAGGCGGCCGAGAAGUUUUUGGAAUGGCUUGACCAAGCCAGUGAGGAAGAAGAGGAGAGUGACGAUGAAGAGUGA